AAAACAUAAGCAGCACUGCUUGGUGUGAGGAGCAGAUGAGAGCACGUCAAUCAUCCGCGGGGACUCUGAGGUCUGACACCUGGAUCCUGUCAUCUCCUCCCCUGCCCAGGCCUCUUCACCAGGUCUGCAAAUUCGCCAACACUGGGUCCCUUCAUGUCCUGGCACCGCUGAGCUCACAACGUCUCUGAGGAGUGGGGUUCAGACCACAAGGUGCAGACAAGCAAACAGAGGCUCGGAGACGGGAUGUCACAGCCCAAGUUCUGAAGACAGAACCAGAGCCGGAGGAGGAGACUCUGCUCAAGUGAUCGAGGAGACCAAGGAGGAAGGAAGACUCUGGGGCUUGUUCCCAGGAAGGUGUGGUGGAGGCUGUUGCAAGAAAAAAGAGAAGUCGUGGGAGGGGCUGUAACGGAGAGAAACCCCACACUCUGGGCUGGGGGAGGACUCCUGUUUCCUUCCCUUGUGUCUUGUAUUUCUCCUCUGCUCUCAUGGCCAUGUUGACCUGCACUUAGAUGCUAGAUGUGUGUCUCUAAUGACCUGAAUUCUGCAGGGCAUUUAUGUGAAGCAUCUCCAGGACUGGUGACCCCUGUCCACAUAGAGGAGCCACAGGGAUGUGCUGAUGGACGGGCGGAGGAGGAAGGAGACCCCAAGGGGAGGCUCUGAGAGGGAGGACACAUCCUGGUCACCUGUACCUGGAAGGGGCACCAGGUUUGUCAUGGACACAAGUGCCAAGCUCUUAGGAAGAGGCAGUUCCCCUUCCUGUGGGGCUGUGGACGUGACAGCCCCAUGACAAGGAGGACCAGCCUCCAAGGGGCCACACCCUGGGCCCUGUCUGUCCUGAGGGCGCCUGACUCUCCUCCAGCUGCACAGCCUGGACCACAGGGAGGAGACGCCAUGACCCCCACGCUCCCAGCCCUGCUCUGCCUCGGUGAGAUGCAGGGCGAGGGGAAGCCCUGUUCUGGGAGGACCCGCCCCCUCCCCACACCAGCCUAUACUCUCGGGACACCCAGCACGCAGGGGGCGCCCGGGCACGAGAGGUUCUGCUCAGAGUCCAGGGCGAGUCCUCACAGGUGCUUUCUUCCAGGGCUGAGUGUGGGCCUGGGGACCCAGGUGCAGGCAGGGACCCUCCCCAAACCCACCCUCUGGGCUGAGCCAGGCCCUCUGGUCCCCUGGUAUAGCCCUGUGACCAUCUGGUGUCAGGGGACCCUGGAGGCCAAGGAGUUCCAUCUGGAUAAAGAGGGAAGGCAAACUCCCUGGUACCGACUGAGCCCACUGGAGGCUAGGGACAAGGCCAAGUUCUCCAUCCCAUUCACAACUGAGGCCUAUGCAGGGAGAUACCGCUGUUACUAUAUCAGCCCCACUGGCAGGUCAGAGCCCAGUGAUGCGCUAGAGCUGGUGGUGACAGGAGCCUAUGAGAAACCCGCCCUCUCAGCCCUGCCCAGCCCUGUGGUGGCCUCAGGAGGGAAUGUGACCCUCCAGUGUGGCUCAGGGCACGGAUAUGAGAGGUUCAUUCUGACUAAGGAAGGAGAACACAAGUCCUCCUGGACUCUGGACACACAGAGAUACCCUAAUAGGCAGACCCGGGCCCUGUUUCCUAUGGGCCCCGUGACCCCCAGCCACAGGGGGACAUUCAGAUGCUAUGGCUCUUUCAGAGACAAACCCCAGGUGUGGUCACACCCCAGUGACCCCCUGGAGCUCCUGGUCUCAGGGGACUCUGGGAAGCCCUCCCUCCUGACCCCGCAGGGCCCUGUUGUGGCCUCUGGACAGAGCCUGACCCUCCAGUGUUGCUCUGCCAUCAGCUACGACAGACUACACAGUGGAGAACCUUGUCCGUAUGGCCGUGGCUGGCCUGAUCCUGCUGGGCCUCGGGAUUCUGCUCUUCCAGGCUCGACACGGCCAUGGAGGAACCCAAGACGCGGCCAGGAGCUGAGCACAGAGGCCACAGGGCACCGUCCAGAGUGGCAGAGCCUUAGAAAUGACCUGAUGGGCCCAGAAGGUUCUGGAAGAGAAUCUGCAGUGUUGUGAGAACUGCCUGCUGAGACCAUGGAGGGAGAGACGGGGUGUGGGUGCGGGCGGAGGACUGGGGAGUCCCUGUGCAGGGCUCUGCCUCUGUUACACCGAGGUGCUCUCCUCCUCCUCGGACGCCGCUCCCUGACGGCCUGUCCUCUCUCACCUGGGACAUGAGGCGCAGCCCACAUGGCAGGUGUGUGCCCACACCUUAAACACCUGCAUGCUCUGGUUCAGUUUCCUGCAAUAUAGUUUCCUUUGUUUUUAAUUUCCACA